GGAGCCUGCGGGGCCGCCUGGCCGCCCGCCGCGUCCGUGAGUGCCCCGGGACCGGGACAGGGACCGGGGGCACUCCUCGCCGCGCGGUGGCGGCUGGCGCGGGGGCGGUGCAGGGAAGGUGCCCCCGUGGCCAAAAAGAGUGAACAAGAGCUAAAAGAUGAGGAAAUGGAAUUGUUCACAAAAUAUUACGUGGAGUGGAAAGGAGGAAGAAAAAGCGGCAGUACCUCGUAUACGAACAUACCACGAUUUUACUACAGGCUGCCAGCUGAAGAUGAAGUCUUGCUUCAGAAAUUAAGAGAAGAAUCUAGAGCAGUCUUCCUGCAAAGAAAAAGUAGAGAGCUGUUGGAUAAUGAAGAGCUGCAGAAUCUCUGGUUUCUACUGGACAAACAUCAGACAUCACCAAUGAUUGGGGAAGAAGCAAUGAUCAACUAUGAGAACUUCUUGAAAGUUGGUGAAAAAGCUGGACCUAAAUGCAAGCAGUUCUUCACAGCUAAGAUCUUUGCUAAAUUACUCCAUAACGAUCCUUAUGGGAGGAUAUCUAUCAUGCAGUUUUUCAAUUAUGUCAUGCGAAAAGUAUGGCUUCAUCAGACAAGAAUAGGCCUCAGUUUAUAUGACGUGGCAGGACAGGGCUACCUCAGAGAAUCAGAUUUAGAAAACUAUAUUUUGGAACUCAUCCCUACUUUGCCACAACUGGAUGGUUUAGAAAAAUCUUUUUACUCCUUCUAUGUCUGCACAGCAGUUAGAAAGUUUUUCUUCUUUCUGGAUCCUCUCAGAACAGAUCUAGCUGUGCCACUCAAAGAUGUCAGAGUUGUGUGGGCAGUAGCCUUUGGCAGGGGGAAGAUAAAGAUACAGGAUAUUUUAGCUUGCAGCUUCCUGGAUGACUUACUGGAGUUAAGGGAUGAAGAACUUUCUAAAGAAAGUCAGGAAACAAAUUGGUUUUCUGCUCCUUCUGCCUUGAGAGUUUAUGGCCAGUACUUAAACCUUGAUAAAGAUCACAAUGGCAUGCUUAGCAAAGAAGAACUGUCCCGGUAUGGAACAGGGACUCUCACCAACAUAUUUUUGGAUCGUGUCUUUCAGGAAUGCUUAACUUAUGAUGGUGAAAUGGACUAUAAAACCUACCUGGACUUUGUGCUUGCAUUAGAAAACAGAAAGGAGCCUGCAGCUCUGCAAUACAUUUUCAAACUGCUUGAUAUAGAGAACAAAGGAUACCUGAAUGUCUUUUCCCUUAAUUAUUUCUUUAGGUUGCUGUUAAUUUUAACCCAGGACUUACAAAGUCUUCCUCCAAAUUGUGGUUUGUGUGCUAUUCAGGAACAAAUGAAAAUCCAUGGACAAGAACCAGUUUCUUUUCAGGAUGUCAAGGAUGAAAUCUUUGAUAUGGUGAAGCCUAAGGAUCCUUACAAAAUCUCCCUUCAAGACUUAAUCAAUAGCAGCCAAGGAGACACUGUUACCAGCAUUCUAAUUGAUCUGAAUGGGUUCUGGACAUACGAGAACAGAGAGGUCCUUGUGGCAAGUGAUAAUGACAACACUGGUGAUGUUGAUGAUACGUGACUUUGAGAUAUCUCUACGGAUACAGUCUGCUCCUGUUCAAUCUGAUGCACCAAGUGUUGAAAGCUGGAAACAUUCAUUAUCUGAAUCAAUGCCUCUUCCAUUUUACUUCCCUCCUCCCCUCCCCCCCAAUAUAAAAUGUGGUACAUAUAGAGGAAUCGCAGAACUAAUUUCUGAAACCAAAAAAGCAAAUGUUGUUUAAAAGGUAAAAAUUAUCUUUUUUUUUUUUUUUUCCAAUAAAUAUUUUUGGACUUUU